AAGAUCAGGUUGAAAUUCCCCUUAAUUUGUAUUCAUCUUCUGAUGAAUCUGAGGUCGCCUCUGGAAGAGAAAAUAAUGUAUCACAUCCUGUGAAUCAAUCGUCGAUUAUGAUGACGCCAGCUCUUGAAUAUUCCGGUUUUCCAUUAACCACGUACUCAUACUACAAUCCCUAUGAUUAUUAUUUACCAUCACCAACGGAUGAUGUUAGUUUCAGCAACUUCAGUAACUGA